AUGGCCCCACCAUCCAAGCAGUUCACCCACACCACAAAUGAGCGACGUUCGUCGCUCAUUGUGUCGAAUGGCAUUACCAAAGGUGGAAUUUUCGGUGCUGUGGACUAUCCCGGUCCCGAGGAAACCGCCGUGGAAGAUCUGGAGCCCAUGCAGGACUCCGAAGACACAGCUCGCCCAACAGGCCCAGAUCAGGUACACCAAGAACCACUAGAACAGCAACCGCUUCUGGCGUCUGGGACGUCACUCUCGACGACCGGAGACAAACACAUCAAAAGAGCUAGUCGUCUGGACUCGUACGGGACAAGUGGCUCCGGAGCAACCAGUCAGAAACCUUAUCCCAGAGACCUGCUCGAAGAAGAGCGGGAUUUGCUCGUGGAUAACAAGCUGAUCCCUAAAGACCGCCAAAACCAAGCUGUGACGGCAGAACAACGUGAACAACAAAUCCGCGAUACCUGGGAAGCUGCAAUUGAGUCUGGCAAAUCCAUUUCUACCACUCCCCGUCGAGAGUGCCAGGUACUGCUCAAAAGUGCACUCCCGCUGGUUUUCACUUUUGUCAUGCAAAACUCGCUGUCGUUGGCCUCUGUGUUCACUACAUCGCGUCUUGGUAUCAAUGAACUUGGUGGAAUUACCCUGGGGUCCAUGACUGCCAAUAUAACCGGGUUUGCAGCUAUCCAAGGUCUUUGCACAUGUCUUGACACGCUUUGCUCGCAAGCACACGGUGCUGGGAAUCAGCAAUUGGUUGGCGUCCUGCUACAAAGAUGCGCAUUAAUCACACUUGUAUUCUUCACGCCAAUUUUAUUUAUAUGGUGGUUUUGGUCGGAGCCAAUUUUGGCCUCGAUGAUCCCGGAGCGAGAGCUUUGCAGAUUGGCCGCCAAUUAUCUCAAAGUGGUGGCCGUAGGUGUUCCAGGUUUUGUAUUCUUCGAAUGUGGCAAAAGAUUCUUGCAAUGCCAGGGCAUCUUUCAUGCGUCCACAAUUGUGUUACUAUUCUGUGCGCCCUUCAACGCCGUCAUGAAUUACGUUUUGGUUCUAGAUAAGCGGUUUGGUAUUGGGUACAUUGGUGCCCCUAUUAGCGUGGCCGUUAAUUAUUGGUUAAUGGCCUUUGGAUUACUAUUUUACACCGUUUUCACUAAGCAUAAGGCCAAUCCCCGUAAAUGCUGGGGAGGACUCAUCAGACCCAAUCAAGUUUUCCGCAACUGGCGCAAAAUGUUUAGUUUGGCCCUGCCUGGCGUUAUCAUGGUUGAAGCCGAAUUUUUGGGUUUCGAACUAUUGACCAUUUUUGCGUCUCAUUUGGGUACGAGCGAACUUGGAGCACAAUCAAUCGUGUCUACUGUCGCAUCUUUAGCAUACCAAAUACCCUUUUCCAUUUCCAUUUCCACCAGCACCCGUGUCGCCAACUUUAUCGGGGCUUCGCUCUACCAAAAUUGCAUUGUCACUUGCAAAGUGUCACUAUUUCUGUCCUUCGUUAUCAGUCUUCUGAACAUGUCUGUCAUCUAUUCGUUCAGAAUCCAAAUCGCCAAUGCUUUCUCCAACGAUCCCGAAGUGGUGUCCUUGGUGAUCAGCAUAUUGCCUCUAUUAGCAUUCAUGCAAAUUUUUGAUGCCUUCAAUGCAUGCACAGCUGGUUGUUUGAGAGGUCAAGGCCAACAAAAAAUUGGCGGUUACAUCAACGUGCUUGCCUUUUACUGCAUCGGCAUACCUUUGUCUUACGUCUUGACAUUCCAUUUCAAACAAGGAAUGGCAGGAUUGUGGUAUGGUAUCACGGGCGCAUUGGUAUUCAUGAGCAUUUUCCAGAGUUACGCUGUCUUCUCUUGCGACUGGACCAAAAUCAUAAAAGCUGCGAAAAGCCGCACUUCGGAGCAGGACAGGGUUUAA